AGGCGUCCUGGCCCGAAGGAAAUGGCGGCCCAUGUGGCCCUGUGGGGCUCAUGUGGCAUGGCCCGCGGGGUUUUGGCCUUGCUGGUGCUGACAUGUCUUCCAGACAUGCUUGGCAUGCCAGCUGUGAGGACAGCAGCAGCGAAAAAGAUCGCGGGCCCUAUCCGCAUUGCAGGGCCAAAGAAGGAGAAUCAAUGGAGGUAUUUGAGCAAAUUCGGCUAUGAUAUUGGUACUGGCAAUUUCCAGUUUCGCUUCCAACUGGCUGCACCGAAGAGCAUCCCAGAAGCUGCGGUCCUCCAAUUGGAGGUCUACCUUGACGAGCACUGGGCCGAUGUCGAGGCGGAGCCAAACCUCUGCGAGCGGCAGAAGCGGGCGAAGCAGAUUCGGAACAUCUCCAUUGGCCCCGGCUCCAACUGGACGGACUGGUCCAGUGGCACUCUCAGCCAGAGCGUGCGACCUCACAUCUGGUAUUUUGUCAUCUCCGACUGCAAGAUGUCCCUCUCCAACUUCACGCACCGGCUGAAGUUCGAGUUCCACGCGACGCAGCAGAACGGCUCGGAGUUUAGCAUUGAGAUGAAAGGCAUGUUGCUCGCGAAUGCUCUCUUCCUAGCAUCAUUCGUGGCGUUCCUGUACUGGUUCGUGAAGAGGACGUUAGCUUUCGCCAAGAGCGCUGGCUAUGUCCACCCCGUGAUCUGGACUCUAGCGUCCGGAAUGAUCACGCAGUUCAUUGCGCAGAUGAUGCACACGGUGCACCUCUUCGCUUACAAGUACGACGGGGACGGCCUUAAGGCGUGCGAGGUCCUCUCCGAGAUCCUCUUCAUGCUGGCGCAGGUGAUCCAAACCUCUUUGCUGAUCCUGAUCGCUCUGGGCUACACGCUGCUCCAGAGCAAGAUCGGGGAGCUCGACCUCAUGAUACCUAUGUGCUUCAUGAUAGGGGUCAUCCACAUCAUGCUGGUUGGCUUUGGCAAGAUCAAGGAUGACGCAUCAUACAAGUACCACGAGAACGAGGGGGUCAUUGGCUGGAUCCUGCUGCUGCUCAGGCUUGGGCUCUAUGGCUGGUUCCUGUGGGCCGUGCAGUCCUCCGCCCGGGAGGGCGGCUUCAAGAUUGCGAACUUCCUGCAGCAGUUCCGCAUUGCGGGGUCGGUUUACUUCCUGGCGUUUCCUGCCAUUUUCCUGGUGACCCAGCUCUUUGCGCCCUACCUGCAGCACUUUGUCAUGACAAUAGGCCAGAUGGUGAUGCAGACCGGCUUUAACCUUUGGCUCUCCUCGCUCUUCCUCACGCGGGGCGAGUACUUCAAGGUAUGGCUCACCCGCGCAGCGGGAGAGGUUUCGGGCUUCGGCCCUCUGUCUGGUUGA